AUGAGGCUAACUCUGGGAAGUGCACCAUCCUCAGACACAAAGCCAUCAAGUUGUUUGUACCUGAUCUCUCCCACAAGCUACUUGUGGGCACCUCAGGAUCUGCAAGUACACAGUCUUCCCCUGACUGCCCACUGGCUUCAGAUCCCUAUGCAUCAAAUCCAGAAGAAGCAGCCCAGCGAAGGAGGAUUCAGCAGCACAGAUCUGAGGUUUUACUGGAGUGUAAACAUGAAAAGUCAAAUAACUCUAUGUGUGAUCACUGGACUCUACCUGGUUUCCCCAGCAAGUUGUGAAUCUGACUGUGAAAACUCAAGACACUGCUCCAAGACGGACUGGGUGAAUCAGUGGUACAUAUGGUUGGUGGUCACCAGUGGGGCACUGCUCCUCAUAUUUGGGGUCACCUGUGCCUGUCUUCGCUGCUGCUACCUAAGCCAGCAACGUCACCCAGAGAGGGCAGGAGAGCGGCCGUGUGAGGUGACGGUUAUUGCUAUUGACCAUGACAGCACCAUCCAGAGUACCAUCACCUCCCUGCAGUCCGUGUUCGGCCCAGCUGCGCGCAGGAUAUUUACUGUGUCCCACUGCCACGGAGCCAUUCCCCCACCUGGGCCUGAGACGCCCCCUUGCUACGAGGAAGCUCUGAGAAUGAGUAGAUUUACUGUUGCUCACAGCAACCACAAAGCUCCCUCUCUGGCUGCGGUACCUGAGGAGAGGACAGAGGCUCCCCAGUUCUAA